AUGCCUAUAGAAUAAUAAUAAAAAAAAAGAUUAAUGUCAAGUGAUUAUGAAUAAUAGUAUUAUAUUGAUUCUAUCUGAUAGAGAUUUCUAUAAUAUAACCCAAACCACUCUAACUCCAAGAUUAUAAGAAGCAUGUAGAAGGGAAGGCAUCCAUCCUAAUGAAUUAUUUAAAAAGACUAGAGAAUAGGUUGUAUAAUUAAUAAAGCAACGUGAUACAGUUGGUACAUAAUUAACUGAAGACAUGAUAACAGAGAUUGAAAAACAUUUAGAAGAUAAAAGAAAGAGAAGAAUUAACAUUAUCAGAUCUUAAAGAUAAAAAAUACUUUAGGAAGAUAAUAAUGUUAGUAGAAAUUCAAAUCAUAUAUCUAAUUUAAACUUAUCUACCAUGAGUUUUGCUGAUAAACAAUAAAAAAUGCUAGAAAACAUUAAAAGGAGAUAAUAAUUAGAAAUUGAAAAAAUUGUUGAAUAAGAGUAAAUUAAUGAAAGAAAGAGUUAAAUUGCUCUUCAAAAAAUGUUAAAAUAAUAAGAUAAAGAAAAAUCAUACCAGGAUGAAUUAUAAAAAAAAAGAUAAUAAAAUGAACAGUUACGAUAAAAAUAGGAAAUGGAGAGAAAAAAGAAGGAAUAAAGGGAAAAAGAAUUAUAAGACUAAAAAACAAAAGAAAAUGAUUUAAAAGAAUAAAAACGACGUUAAAAAGAACUUGAAAAUAUGAUAAAAUAAAAAUAGGAAGUAGAAUAGAGAGAAUUAGAAAGAAAGAAAAAAUAAGAAUAAAUGUAGAGAGAAAAUCAAUAAUUUUAAAAUGAAUAAUAGAAAUAAUUAGAAUAUAAAAAGCAAUUAUUAGAAUAAAAGGAGAAAAAGAGAAUAUAAAUGAUGGAAAGUAGAACUAUUGAAAGAAAAAGUUAGGCUGAAAAAGAAAGAGCAGAAUUAGAAAAAAAGUUGCAUUUUGUUAAAUAAUAUAAUGAAAAUUUAAUUGAGAAGAAAAGAAAUGAUUAUAAUUAGAAGGAAUAAUAAGUAGAAUAAAAGAGAAAAGAAUUUGAAGAAUAUCUUGAAAAAGUUAGAUUAGAGAAAGCUAAAUAAGCUGAAGAGAAAUAAAAGUAAAUUAAUAAAAUAAUUGUAAUUUAUCUUCAUCUAUAAUAAUUUAGCAAACUAAUUAAUAAAAAGAAGAAGAAAAAAGAUAACUUUAUGAACAUAAAUAAUAGGAAUAUUAAAAAAAAAAAGAAAUUUUGAAUGAAUAAUAAAGAUAAUAGAUGGAAGAAAAAAUGAAAAAAUAUAGAGAUAAAGAAUAAAAAAUAUAAAUGAUUUUAUAAAAAAAUGAAAUGAUGUAAGAAUAAUAAAAAUAAGAACUUUAAAAGAAAUUAGAUAGAACCUAAUAAAAAUUAUAAGUUCUUGAAUAAAAAAAAGAAGAAGAUUUAAAAUAAAAGUACUAUUAUUUUCUUAAAUUUAGAAUAACCCUUUAAAUAAUCAAAGAUAUUGAUAAAUUUGAUAAUUUAACAAGAAUGGAAUAAUUAAGUGAACUAAGAAGAACAAAACUUGAAAUGAAACUUUCUAAGGAUGAUGAAAGAACUGAAAUGGUAAGAAGAGAAAGAGAAAAUUUAUCAAAAUAAGCUGAAAUUAUUAGGAAGGAAGCAGAAGAAAAAAGACAAUAAUUUAUAUAAGAUUUUGAAAAAAAGAAAAAGUUGCAAAAUAUAACUUAAGAAGGUUAAAGAGAUAAAUAGAUUUCAGUGAAUAAUAGAUCCUAAUCUUCAGGAAUGAAUAUGAGAUAAUAAUAAUGA